AUGAUAAACAUUAAUACAAAUAACAUCUUUUUUAAAUCAUAUUCAAUAGACCCAAUUACUGGUCAUUCUAUUUAUGUUUUUGAUUCCACUUACCUACCUUCUCCAGAGGAAAUUGGAGAUAAACAGGUUUAUGAUCUUUUGAUUGACGAAUUGAUGGAUAGACUUAUCACUACUUUACCCUCAUCACCGUAUUCACUAGUGGUAUUUUCCUCUGGAUUUUCAGCUAAGAAAAUUAGUUGGGUUUACGGUAUCAAAAUGUUCUCUAAGAUCCCGAGAGAAGCAAGGAUCUACUUACAAAAGACUUAUAUUGUCCAUGAAUCCUUUUUCAUAAGAACAGUGUAUCAGGUACUUUCCAAUGCCAUGAGUAUAAAUUUUUUGAAAGGCCCUUCUAAUAAGGAUCUUGAGCUUAUCCCCACAGUUGAUCCAGAAUCAAUAGAGCAAAAUAAUAAUCUUUCUCCAAAUGCAUCUAUAGUCCACGUCCCGGAUUUAACUGCAUUGUCGAGAAUGAUAGAUAUCACAAGACUACGUAUAUCGCUUAAUGUAUAUUUGCAUGAUUACGAAAUAACUGAUUACAUUGAUGUACCUCAGAGUUAUUUUGAAAGGUUAACAUCAUUAGGAAACAGACAGUAUAGGCAAUUAAUCUUCGAUAAAAUCUUCAAAAGAUUAAAGAUAGAUUCCGUUAAGAACGAGUUAGUUUUCCAAAAACCAGGUUCUUACAAAAAAGUAAACAUAUUCCUUGAUAUUAUUGAACGGAACAAUUACAUUGACUUGUCACAAUGGGAUAUUUAUUCAUUGGCAUCAGUUUUUACAUACUUUUUAAAACAAAAGAGUAAGCCGUUAAUACCCGUACCUUUAAUCCCUUUACCAAUUAGCGAUGACUUCGAUUAUACAUAUAAGACUUUCCAAACAAUUAUUUUGUAUAAUAAUUAUUACGAUUUAAUAAUGACAAUUUUCCCCCUGUUUAUUAACAUUUUAAACCAUUCAGAGAUAACAAGACAUGACCUUAAAUCAUUAAGCAAAUGUUUGGCACCUACGCUAUGUCAGGAGAGAGUUUCAAUGAAAAAUGAUGAUACUUUAGUUAUCGGUGCAAGAUUUAUUAGAAAUUUACUGGAAAUGUACGAUAAGAUCCAUUCACUUUCCAAAAUGAACAAACUUCAUAUUCAAGAUGUGGACCUACUCUUACAGAGUCCAUCACCAAAACCAAGGGAGGGUAGAACUAAUAGAACAGUAUCUGCAACUGGUGGGACGAGGAUCAUAUCUCAACAAUCCACGUCUAUCCCAUCACUACCACCGUCUUUGCCUAAACCACGGAAAUUAAGCCCGACUAAAUAUGAUACCAAUUCGAGUCGUAGUUCUAGUCCAGUUAAAAGCAGAACAGCAAUGCAAAACCGAAGUCUAAAUUCAAAAUCUUCAAUACCCUCCAUAUCCACAGUACUUACAAAAACGAAUACUCCUUCAAGCUCCACUUCAGAUUCAACUCCAAAUCUUGAAUUAACAAAUGAAACGAUACCAUCAUUAAAUUCGAAAGCUUCAAAUGUAUCAUUACGUUCCUUCGGGAAACCACCAUUAUUAAGCUCCAAGGCUUCAAAUGUAUCUUUACGUUCAGAUGAAAUCAUUUCACCAUCAUCACCAAUUUUGAGAUCCAAAGUAUCAAAUAUAUCUCUGCGGAUAAAUAGUGAUUCAUCAUCAACUUCCAAUAGUAAUGAAACCCCUACAUUACUGAAGGAUAUCAAUGAGCCACAUCCACAUCCAACAAAUAAUGUUACGGAGAUGGUAACAGAUAACGAAUCCUAUGAUUGGAGGCGCAAUGCUAAGGAAAGAAGACCAUGGAAUGAUGAUAUGAUACUUAAGAUUGAGCUAGAUGAUAAAUUCCAAAAAUUUGAUAGAGAAUUACAAAAGAAAAGGAAUAAUUUAGUUAAACUUAACCAUUUGAAAACGACUAAAUUUUCAAAUGAAGGAUUUUCUGGAUUGCAAACUGAGAAUAAAGUUAGUAAAUUAGCAGCACUAUAUGAGGAAAGAUUACAAGGUUUACAAUUAAUGAAUGAAAUCAAAAGAAACGAAGGUCUUUGA